AAGACAGAGCUGUUUAUGUUUGUGUUUACAGUCGACUUGGGAAUAAGUGUCAAGGAGGAUAAUGUGGCCACUUCUUCCCCCAAGACAAUGGAGAUCAGCGCUGUUGCAGAUGCCAACGGAAAGAAUCUUGGGAAAGAGGCCAAACCCGAGGCACCAGCUGCUAAAUCUCGUUUUUUCUUGACACUCUCUCGGCCUGUACCAGGACGUACUGGAGACCAAGCCACGGAUUCAUCCACUGGAUCAGCGAAGCUUGAUGUCAGCUCCAGUAACACUCUAGGGAACAAAGAACCAAGUGAGAGUGUGGCGCUUCCGAUAGCAGCUGCGCUGGGCCACGACCCACAUAAAACCCCAGGCCAGAGCCUGGCGGGGGACGGAGGCUUCUCUGCCCCUUGGGGACAAGCGCCUGUCUCACCUGAGUCAGGAGGAGCGGCCUCCUCCAAGCCUAAGGACGCCAGCUUUUUGGACAAACUCUUCAAACUGGACAAGGGACGGGAAAAGGCACCAGUCAACAGCCACCGGGAAGCCAAGGGCACAGAGCGUCAAGACCAGGCCCAGGAAGUUUCCGGAUUGUCCAGGCCGUCCGACGAUGUCCCUGCAGAGAGGCACGUGGACAAGGGGGCAACCAGGACCCCUCACUUUAUAAAGCCUGUUUGGGGGAAUGUUUUUUUUUUUCACUGUCUUAUUACCUGGCAAAAUAAUUACCAGGUGGUGUGUGAAUCACCAGUAGAGGUUGUAAAGUUCGAGGAAGUAGAAUCAACCUUACAAACAGUGGAUCUCAACGAAGAAGGAGAUGCCACACCCGAACCCACAGAAGUAAGAUUCAAAAGAGAAGAACGAAAACCACCGAGAACCUCCCUGAUGGCGUUUCUCAGACAAAUGUCAGUGAAAGGGGAUGGAGGGAUCACCCACUCAGAAGAAAUAAAUGGGAAAGACUCCAGCUAUCAAAAGUCAGACUCACCGGAGAAGGCGAUCACAUCCCCAGAGCCAGAGCCGGCGGGAGCAGACCAGAAGGGCAAAGAGAGCUCCUCCAAGGACAAGAAGGUGGCGGCUGAGGGGAACAAGCAGAAGAGCAACAAGCAGGAAGCCAAAGAACCGGUCCAGUGUGUGGAACCGGCCGCGGGGGAGGCGAACUCGCUGCAGAAUGGGGACAAGUCCCAAAAAAGACAGGAGAAGCGGCGACAGUCCCUCGGGGGCUUCUUUAAGGGCCUGGUAGGUGGAUCAUUCAUCACCUCUUUCUAG